AUGCGUCUCCACCUGUUCUCAUUCAUCUACGUGGCCAUCUUUGCCUCUAUCGUCAGUGCAACCGGUUGCAGCAAAUGCCUCAAUCAGAACGAGGACAAUAUCCGUCUCGGCUGCUUCAAUAAAUGCAAAGAGGCCUUCAAUCCCAGCAGCAGCGAGUACCGCGCCUGUCGCGAUCAGUGCACCGAGUUUGUCUUUCAGGAUCACUGCUGCACCUCUUCCUGCAGCAGCAAAUCCAAGGUCUGUCUGAAUGACUACUUCGACCGCGUGGGCCUGACCAAGCGUGACUCGAUGGACGAGGAAGCCUAUUAUCGAUCUCAGCUAGAUGCGAUUCGAGAAAAUCCCAAUCUACUCGACAAACGAGCGUUGCUGGUCGGUGACGCUCCGUACCACCUGAUCCGGAGUACCGAGGACUUGCACUCACUGAAUCAUCCGGACUUCACUGAUACGAUCGUGUAUGAUGUGUUCGAGCAUACUGGCGCAGGGACUUUGGAUCGUCGCAUUGACCAGGGCCAAACCUGCUGUUGGGCCGCGGGGGCGGUGCUGCAAAAGGGGAUCGCUGAGAUAGGGAUGGGAUGGACAAGCAAUGAAUGGACCGACGAGCAGCGCCAGGGACUGGUGCUCGUCAGUUUUGGCGUUGCAGCAGCUUACGCUUGCAACUUUGUUUACAAUGUGCAAUGUCUUAUGUUCAAUGCCAGGCCUGCGCCGCAAGUUUGA